AUGCGAGGCUAUGGGAUUAGUUCAAGGAGCUGCGGAUACACCGCAGCUCUGGCGCUGCGGCUGCUGGCUGUUGCAGCAGCAGCAGCAGCAACGGCAGCAGCAGCAGCAGGCCGGGACUUCCUGGGAGCAGCAGGCAGCGCUGCUGCAGUGCAGCAAGAGCGCACAGUGGUGGUGACUGGCAGCAACGUGCCCCCCCUGUUCAUGAGGGGCGACGCUGCUGCUGCUGCUGCUGCUGCAGGCGCCCCCGUGUCCCUCGAGGGACCCCUCAUGGGGCAGCCCGAAGCAGACCCCGCAGGUGCAGCAGCAGCACCGGCAGCAGAUCCUGUUGCUGCAGCAAUUGCUUCUGCCCGCGGCCGCACGGCGCUGCAGCGCUACUUCAUGCAGUCCGCAAUGUUGCUGCUGGGGCUUUAUUUGCUGCUGCGGCUGAAUUCGGUGAAGAGGAGGGGGCAGGGGGAGGAAGCAGCAGAAGCUGCAGCAGCAGCAAAAGACAAAGCAGCAGCGGCAGCAGCAGCAGCAGAGAGAAGGGGCCAGCCCCGCAAGCCCCGCCCCGACCCCGAGAAAGUGCGCCGCAGGCUGCUGGAAAUGGACCGGAAGCAGCAGCAGCAGGAAGCAGCAAAGAAGCAGGUGGGAGCAGAGCAGCAGCAGCAGAAGUCCAUGGGGUGGUUCCCGUGGGCGUUUGAGGCCGAGAACGCGGAGCUGGGGCUGCUGGGGGUGCCGCGGGCGCUGAAGAAGCUGGAGAGCCGCGCAGCAGCAGCAAAGAAAGUCUUGAGUGCCAACAAAGCAACAAAUGUGAAGAUUGAAGGAGUUUACAAAAACAAAAGUUUGGAAAAGCUGCUGACGCGCGAGGCCCUGGAGCAGCAGCUCGAGCGCAGCAGCAGCAGCAGCAGCAGCAGCAGCAGCGGCGGCGGCGGCGGCGGCGGGGGGCUGCUGCAGCAGGUGGGCGCUGCUGCAGCAGCCGCGCUCGCUGCUGCGGGCGAAGCUGCAGCAGCAGCAGCAGCAGUGGAGCUGCUGGGGGGCGCCUGGAGAGUGCCGCGAGUGCUGCAGGAAAUUAAAAAAAUAAAAGGAGACAGCAGCACGAAAACUCAUUUAAAUGGAGACGAAGCAAUGGCAACAGGAGCAGCAUUUGCUGCUGCCAAUGCCACUUUGACUUUCCGCGUCAAGAAGCUGCUGCUGCACGACGGCUCGCCCCACACCUACUCCCUGCGCUUCCUGCCCCUGCAGCAGCAGCAGCAGCAGCAGCAGCAGCAGCAGCAGGAGAAGGUGCUCGUCCCGCCCUUUGGGAAGCUCAGCGGCAGCAAAAAGGUCUCCUUCAAAACCCAAAAUGAUUUUGCUGUUGAGCUGCUGGAGAAUGGCCACGUCUUGACCACCCACGCAGUCUCCGGCGUCCACGCUGCGCUGCAGCAGCAGCAGCAGCAGCAGCAGCAGCAGGGGGAGGAGGAGGAGGUCUCGAGAGCGGAGUUAAUUUUCUCAAUUGACACUGCAGGGGUAAUUGAGUUGAAAGAUGCAAACUUGGUUGUGGAGAGGAGUACGUACACCGCAGAGGACCCGAAGGAGGCUCCUGCUGCUGCUGCUGCUGCUGCAGGUGCAGGUGCAGAUGCAGCAGCAGACCCAGCCGCAGCAACGGGAGACGCCGCGCCAGCAGCUGCAUCAGCAGCAGACGGCGAGGGGGAGAAGAAGUGCAACGACCCCUCAGACCCCGCCUGUGCCGCUGCCAGCAGCGACAGCAGCAGCAGCAGCAGCAGCAGCAGCAGCAGCAAGGGGAAGCGGGUGAAGGUCGCGUCUCGGUACCCGCUGAGCGUGAGCAGCACGCACGCAGCUCCGGUGCCGCUGUCUGCUGCGGAGAAGAAGCAGCUGCAGCAGCUGCUGCUGCAGCAAGAAGCAGCAGACCGCGAGGCGCUGCUGCUGCAGGAGUCCCUUAAUGCUCUCGAAACUUAUAUUUAUGCAGCAAGAGCCCAGCUGCGGGAGGGGAAGCUAGACGAAGUAACGGAGCAGCAGUUUCGGGAGCAGCAGCUGCAGCAGCUGCAGCAGCAGGAGGACUGGGUGUACGGGGAAGCAGCAGCAGCAGGCCUUGCUGCAGUGCAGCAGCAGCUGCAGCAGCUGAAAGACACCAUGGAACCCGUCUUCCUGCGGCAGCGGGAAGCAGCAGCAAGAGUCUCCUUAAUCCCCAAAGUUGACCAGCUGCUGCGGGAUGCUGCAGCAAGACUGGAGCAGCAAGCAACAGCAAGGCCGUGGGUGGCAGCAGCACGGGUUUCGAGUGUACGUACAGCGCGCGAAGAGCUGCUGCAGUGGUGGCAGCAAAUCAAGCAACAGCAGCAGACGCGCUCGCUGCUGCUGCCGCCGCUCUUCACGGAAGCAGAAGUAAAAGCAAAAGUCAAAACUCUUCUUAAUCAAAUCAAAGCUCUCGAAAACAUUCCCAAACCUGCCAGCAGCAACUCCAAGGGGCCCCACGCCAAGAAGGAAGGAGCAGACAAGGAAGCAGCAGCAGACAAGGCAGCAGCAGCAGACAAGGAAGCAGCAGCAGACAAGGAAGCAGCAACAGACAAGGAAGCAGCAGCGGACACGGAAGCUGCAGCAGACAAGGAAGCUGCAGCAGAGAAGGGAGCAGCGGAGGAGGAGGCAGCAGCAGAUAAGGACGCAGCAGCAGAUAAGGACGGAGCAGCAGAUAAGGAAGCAGCAGCAGAGAAAGAAGCAGCAGCAGAUAAGGAAACAGCAGCAGAUAAGGAUGCAGCAGCAGAAGCAGCAGAAACAGAGACAAAGGAGGAGGCAGCAGCUGAGGAAGAGACACGAAAGGAAGCAAAAGACGAACUCUAA